GCGCCAUGAGUCGACUAUACGGCGAUAGCGUAUACGUGCUCUCGAAGGCGUUCUGUCGUCGAGACUGAUCCCUGGCGUGAUGCUCCGUGUUCUGGUGUUCGCGAAACGCGUGGAACGUGGCGAGUAGUUUUGUUAGUCGCAGUGGACGACACUAUAGAGGAUCGUGGACAUCUCGAAACUGAAAGAACCGAGUGGACAAGUUGGAUAUAUACCGCGUCUAUUGUGAUAGAGUGGGCCACUGAUCGCCGGCAGUGGCCUUACCUAUAGCUGACCCCUUGGACCAAGAUUGUUGGUACUUUCGUCAGCCGAUUCUUGAAUGACAACCAGGUUGAAGGACGGUAGGCCACAGACUCCGGGGGCCGAAAGGUUUGCGUGUGCGCGUGUUCGACUUCAGCCGGUCACUGUUUAAUAAGAUAAGCUCCACAGAAGAUGGAUUUAUCCUGACCCCCGCUGGGACCUGCUGAAGGGAAAAGGAUAGCCUCAGAAGUUAAGGCCCUGGCGUCUAAAGCCGGAACGGCCAAGCCGCUAUCCACGGAAAGCGUGCCGCCGCCGUUGCCGAACAGCUCCGCAGCCGGAACCGGAACCGCAAGUGACCCAAUGGCCACGCUUCAGCUGGAACAGCUGUUCCGCGCGUGCGACACCCGCGGUACGGGGUACCUGGACCGCGAAGAGCUCCGCAAGCUUUGCCACCGGUUCAGCAUCAGCAGUCAGGACGCGGACGCCAUAUUCGAGGACCUGGAUCACGACGAAGACGGCCGCAUAGACUUCCACGACUUCGAGAAAGGAUUUCGCGACUUCCUCACCCAGCUGCCGGGAGGCGACACGCCGCCGGAACCGGAAACGGCGGACGCCGCUGGUGGCGGCGGCGGCAACGCCUCCGGAGCCAACGCGAGUGCUCCGAGACCGUCGGAACUGCAGAAGGCGUUGCGAAGGGCCUCCACCAUCGAGUAUCGCAGGGACUCCGUGAUCAACGGUGGUGACGACAUUGCCAAGCUGUGGAACACGCAGCGCGCCUGGGGCAACCUGACCACCGAGCUUGCCAAGUCUGGGAACGUCAUCGACGAGGAGACACUCAACGACCUGUACAAAGAGCUACAACGCAGCGAAAAGCCUCAAGUCGUGGAACGUUUCGAGGACGUCAUUGCCGACCUGUUGGACAACAUGAAGAGGCUUCAGGAGGAGAACAGCCAGUUGGAAAGCACGUGGCUCAAGGAGAAGAAGGAGCACGAGGAGCACUUGCGGCGCAUGGAAGAGGAGAUGGACAACCAGGUCAAGCUUGUCGAGUUGCAAGCGAAGGCCAAGGUGCAAGAGGAAGUGGAGGCCAAGCGGAGGACGCUUCAGGCCAAGAUGAGCGAAGAGAUGAACGAACUGCAGUCGCACGUAUCCCUCUUCGAAAAGGUCGAGCAGUGGCUGAGGGCGAACGAGACGCACGACCGUAAGCUGACGUCGGUGCACUCGAAGCUGGACGAAGCGCUGCAGGAGAACCGUCAGUUGCGGCUAAGCCUAAUGGACACGCAGAACAACGUCGCGCUGACGCGCAGCGAGCUGGCCCAGAUUCGCUCGCAGUACGAGGACAAGUGCAAGGCGCUUUACGACGAACGAGAGCGCAUCAUGGGCGUACUCCAGGAACAAGGACUCGCUAGCAAGCAGCUUCAGCACCUCCAAGAGGCCAACAGAAAACUGCAAGACACAAACGACAUCUUGCGGAGCGUCUUGGAGAAAGCCGAAGCCGAGAAGUCGCACACCUCUGAUCAACUGGUCAGACAAGAGUCGGUGCUUUCGGACUAUUUGGGCGACUCCGCUUUCACGCCACCCAUGAGGAACCGAAGACCUCUCGGCGACCGGAGGCCCCUGUUCGAUCCUGAGGAGGAGGAGCGAGCGUCGGCCAUCUGGUCGACCCGGCCGCCGUCCAUGGACCAGCACCCGGUCCUGGACCGCAUCGAAAGCGAGGAAGAGGCGGGCCUCGUAGAACUCAACCACCGCGACGUGCGAGACGACCCACUGGAGCAGCGGCAGCAGCAGCCGCAGCUGCUGCAGCCCAAGGAGAACGGAGACGAAACUGUCGCCAUGAUGGCGGGAGGCCACUUGCAGCCUCCAGCUGCCGCAACGGCCACGAUUGCCGAAGAAGCAGACAGCGGCCUGUCGACCUUGCGUUCCGCGGCCGCACUGGACUCGGCCGAAGAAGGACGCCCGACCGACUGCAGCACCCCUCUGCCGUCGCUGUCCUCAGAGACGGUGUCGCUUCGCAACCGGUCGUCGUCCUCGGCGACGCCGUCGCUGCACGACCACGACGACAGCCUGGACUCGAACACCGCGGGCGCUCCGACAACGGCGUCCACGGUCACCGCGGCCGGCGGCCACGUCAACGGUCCUCUGCUCACGUCCAGGCCGCCGCUGCCCGUGCGGAGCACGAGCAAGGCGAGCGACCGCAGCGUGCAGUCGUUGCCGCCGUCGUUCGGCGAGUCCAAGACGUCGUCCGCGUCGUCCUCUUCGGCGAACGGCAUGUUGCCCAGUGCGCCCGGAGCGGGUGCCUCCGUGAGCAGCGAGAGCGGCAUCGGAAGCAGGAACACAUGGUGCAGCAUGGAGAGUAUCGAUGAUUCGCCGAAGCCGAUGAGUAGGGGCAAUCUGUCUUCAAGGAGGAUUAGCGAAAUCAAACGCCAACUUGGCGUCGACCCAAGUACGGCGAAGUACCACCGCCGAGCUCCGAGCCCGUCCGGUUCGUGCCAGAGCGUGAAGAUCACCCCUUCGCCCAGCGCCCUGAAGACGAGGCGGCAGAGGUCGUUGUCUCCGCAGAGGUCGGGCAUUCCCCCCGUGCCGCUUCCCAGGUCUAGGGUCACGUCCCCCGAGCCCAAGCCCGUGCCGCGGCGCCACCUGUCGAGACAGGACACGCCAGCGAAAUCGACUGACGAGCCCGACCUCGACAGGCCACUCGAGGAUGACGGCUACGUCGACGACCGCAGGAGGAGCUCGGUGGCCCAGAUGAAGGUCUCCGACCAGGAGACCCGGGGCAGCCGCAGGGUUUCGUCCAGCUCCACGUCUUCGCAGCAGCUCCACCGUCUCGGAAGCUUCACCGACUCGACGGGACCGCCCGAGCUCACGUUCAGGGUGGUAUUUGUCGGUGACGCGGCUGUGGGCAAGUCGUCGUUCAUCAUGAGGCUCAGCAGAGGAAUCUUCAUGCCGCAGCUGACCUCCACGCUGGGGGUGGACUUCCAGACGAAAAACAUCUGCAUCGACAACAAAAACGUUAGCCUGCAGCUGUGGGACACGGCCGGGCAAGAAAGAUUUCGGUGCAUAACGCAGUCCUAUUUCCGCAAGGCCGACGGCGUUAUGCUCAUGUACGACUGCACGAACGAACAGUCGUUCCUGAACGUCAGACAGUGGAUGUCUGACCUCGAGGAAGUGGCAUCCCGCGGCAUCCCGAUCAUGUUGGUCUCCAACAAGACCGACAUGCGGGACGUGUUCAAAAUGCAGGGCAAACCCGUCGUGGAGAGAGAAGCCGGCGAGAAGAUAUCACAAGAAAUGAAAGCCAUAUUUGUGGAGACAAGUGCCAAAGACGGUUCAAAUAUUAACGAAGCUGUUGGCGCCUUGACCAGGAGUAUGAUCAAGCACGCCGUUCCCCACGAGAAGGACAGCCUCACUCUCAACGACAAACAGAGCAAAAGCUUCGCCUCCAAGUGCUGCAACACCAACAAGUAAAGACGAAAAAAAAAAAAGAAAAGAAAGAGAGCGCGAGAAAAAUGGAAUGCCUGCGCGAUUGUGCGAAACAGUUUUACGAACUACAAAGGCCGAUGCAUGAACAUCACCACUGUUCUUUUUUUUUUGGACACGUGUUUUUACACUGCUGUGCUCGAACAUCAAACCUUGUGACAGAUUCGGUUUUUACUCCGAAGCGAUCUAGGUUGCUGCUACUGCAAAUAUAAAAGAGAAUCGUCAUUGAAAUGGACUUGUGCCUCGGUGCGGACGCCGAGGCACAUUGCCGUCAUCAUGAAGUCGUAGUGACGCCAUGUUCCUUUCCCUCAACCAUUUUGCUGUGGGAAUGGAUGUCGUUGCUAAGACAAUUUCGAUUGUUUCAGUAAUCGCAAGCGACGGACAAGUGACAUCGUACAGCUUUCGCUUUCGACGACUCGCGAUUUAAGUACAUCCGCCUUUUCUGGAACUUCUCGGUUUGUUAACUGAGAACGGAGCCAGAGAUCUGUGGCGUUUGCACCAGUCUCGGGGGUUGGGCGAGUGGCCUCCAGUGCGGCCUUGGUGUCAGCCUACUAGUGAUAGACAUCGUUUGCGAAUCCGUGGGCGUGAAUUCCACUGUUACACUCGUCACUAAGCAGAAAAAAAAUAAAUAAGAGGGAAGAAAAAUAAGUAAUAACGCUUGUUCACGUGAAAGACGACUACGGGAAUAGAGCAAUAGAAGGCGCUGUUUUCACAUAAACCAAGAUAGCCCAUCACCGAGCGCCAUUUUGUAUGUCGGUGGUCUAUGCAACGCGAGAAUACAACUGGUGCUUCGCAUGCUAGUGCGACGCUGGUGUGCCUAAAAA